UCUCUCUGAGUCUGCAUCUGCAUGUAGCUCUCUCUCUCUCUCUCUGAGUGUCGAGGUUCUUCUUACACCUAAAGAGCCUCUGCAUGCGGGUUCCGCUUUACCAAGCUCGGUUGCCCACUGGCUGCGCCCUUUCUCGACUCCCACACGAAAAGCACCGCCACCACCACUAGCGAGCUCUCUUUCCCUCUCUCUUCUCAGGACCCGAGGGAUAUCUCGUCGAUUGGCACCGACCCCUUUCGCGGAAAACCAGCUCUGUGUGGCGGGGUGGGUGGUGGGUUUACGUCUCUUCUCCCUCGUGAUUAUCGAGAGUGCGUGCGCCAUCGCGUCGAUGGAGUGUAACGGCUGAGCUCGAGGUGGGCGGGGCCAUUUUCCGUUGGCGGAUGUUGGACUUUUCUGGGUCAGAACCUCCUUGUUUGUUUCUUGAGGAAAAACGGGGCCGAAGCGUGCUCUCGUAUUGAUUGUGCUUCGAGGGUUUGUUUCAAUUUAUUAAGAGAGAGAAAUAUAGUAUGAUGGCUCCUGCAACAAACUGGUUAUCGUUCUCUCUGUCUCCGGCGGAGAUGAAUCCUCAGCUCAUCGUCCCUCCUUUCGAUUUGGCCGCCACUUCCUCCUCAUCUUCUUCUUCUUCUUCUUCUUCCUCUCACUACCUCAUCGACAGCUUUUAUGCCCCUCAUGGUUGGGAUAAUCCGAAGCCCCAACUCCUGUUCGCCGACGUCGGAGAGGACGCCGAGCCCAAGGAGCGCCGGCAACAGCCACCGACGAUGGCGGACUCCUCCAUCGUCACGACCUUUCUCGUCGACCCAUAUGCCCCGACCCACCACCAAAUCACCUCGGAGCCUCCGAAGCUCGAGGACUUCCUCAGAGACUCCUCCACCACCGAGGACUCGUCUCUCACCACCCACAUGUACGACCGGAGCUCCACCCACUACUUCGACGAGGGCCACCACCACGAUCUCAACGCGAUCGCGGGGUUCCAGACGAUAUCCGCCAACUCGGGCUCCGAAGUCGACGACGCGGGUUCCAUGGGUCGGGCGACCCAGGCCCACCUCGCGGAGUUCAAUCACCACUCGACCGAGCCGGCCAGGACCGAGCUGGGGUUCGCUGCUGCGGGCGGUGGCGCCCUGUCGCUCGGCGUUGUCGCCGCCGCCUCGCAGCCUCAGCCCACAGAGAAUCCCGUCGCCGUGACGGUGGCCGACUCGGAAGGCUCAAAGAAGAUCAACGACUCGUUCGGCCAGCGAACGUCGAUAUACAGAGGGGUCACCAGGCACCGAUGGACGGGCAGAUAUGAAGCGCAUCUCUGGGACAACAGCUGUAGGAGGGAGGGCCAGGCAAGAAAAGGCCGUCAAGUUUAUCUGGGUGGGUAUGACAAAGAAGACAAAGCAGCUAGGGCCUAUGAUUUGGCAGCUAUGAAGUACUGGGGACCCACGGCCACCACCAACUUCCCUGUUUCGAACUACACGAAGGAAUUGGAGGAGAUGAAGCAUGUGACCAAGCAGGAAUUUAUUGCCUCACUGAGGAGGAAAAGCAGUGGGUUCUCAAGGGGUGCUUCUAUCUACCGAGGCGUGACAAGGCACCAUCAGCAGGGUCGUUGGCAAGCAAGGAUCGGUCGUGUCGCUGGCAACAAAGACUUGUACCUGGGCACAUUUGCUACGGAAGAGGAAGCUGCUGAGGCAUAUGACAUAGCUGCCAUAAAGUUCAGAGGCCUCAAUGCGGUCACCAACUUCGAGAUGAGCCGCUACGAUGUGGAGGCUAUCGCUAACAGCACCCUUCCGAUCGGCGGAGCGGCCAAGCGCCUGAAGCUCAACCUGGAAGCAGAUCAGAAACCGUGUCUCGACAUGAUUCAGCAACCGCCGCCCCGAAACGGCGGAGGCAACAUCAGUUUCUCUGCCUUUCAGCCGUUCCCCACAAUUCCAUGCGGCAUUCCAUUCGACAACUCAACCGCUCUUUACAACCCGAACUUCUUCCACCACCUACAGCCCAACAUGGGCAGCAGCAGCGCCGCCGCCGCCUCCACCAUCCCGACUCCAGCAGCGACCGAAAUACCCCAAACAGCUGACUUCUUCAUUUGGCCCCACCAAUCUUACUAGGUAUGACCAGCUUUUUAGGUAUGUAAUAAUCUGCUAACUAUAGCAAAAAAAACCUUUUCUUAUUUUAUUUUAUUUUUUAUUUUGUCUCUCUCUUUGCGGCAUCCUUAAAGAAGCUGACCUAAAAUGUGA